AUGGGAUUUCAGAUUAAGGAAGUGAGUAACCUGAAUGAAUCCUUCGUCAGCAUCACAGACUUCAUCAUCGUUGGGUUCCCUGGUCUACAAGACUAUCACAAUGUUCUCUUUGCUGCAUUUUUGACUCUGUUUCUGGUAACUUGUACUGGAAACCUUUCUAUUCUCUGUUUGGUAAUACUGGAUCAGCGGCUUCAUACACCAAUGUAUUUUUUUCUUUGGAACUUGGCUCUUUUAGAUGUGUUAAUAGCAACAGCACUCACACCAAAAAUGCUGGCUGUGUUUUUAUCACAUAAUACAUUGUCCUUUGCCGAAUGUUUUUUACAAAUGUACUUUGUCAUCUCUUUAGGAUUGACAGAAAUUUUUCUUGUAGCAGCGAUGGCGUAUGAUCGUUACAUUGCGGUUGUAAAGCCGCUCCAUUACAAUGUGAUUAUAAAUUUAAAAACUUGCCUAACAAUGGCAGCCACAGUUUGGAUUUUGGGGUUUAUAAUUCCAUUAAUUCCAGUUGCAUUGGCUUCUUAUUUGCCAUUUUGUGGCUCCAAUAAAAUUAUGCACUGCUUUUGUGACUAUCCAGCGGUGAUUUCUUUGGCUUGUGCUGACGUUGAGGAACAUGCAAUUGCUUCGUUGUGCCUAGCACUAACGGUUAUUUAUGUGCCCUUUCUCUUUGUGUUGUGGACAUAUUUUAAAAUAAUAACUUUUGUAUUGAAACUGAAAACACAGGAAAGCCACAAGAAAGCCUUUUCAAUGUGUUUAUCUCAUGUAAUUAUUGUGUUAAUGUACUAUAUUUCUACUGCCAUUGUUUAUAUUGGACUGAGAAUAGACAGUAUCUCUUAUGAUGGACGCAUCUUCAUUGGUGGGCUGAAUUAUUUCUUUACUCCCAUGGCCAACCCGAUGAUUUACAGCUUGAGGAACAAAAAGAUAAAAGCAGCUGUAAAGAAAUAUUUCAGAUUGAGUAAUAUUCUUCCAAAAAUAAAACAAAAUUCUAGUAGUGAUGCAUAA